AUGCUAUUAGAUACUAAAACAGAGAGAAACAUUCCCAAGUACAAUCAGUUGAUUUCCAAGCGUAGGGUGGCUAUGGCCGUUGGUGCUGGAAUGCUAAUUGUAGGUGCGUUGAGCAAUAUGUUUUCUUGGUCCUACCACAACCAUAUUGGUGUUGAUUAUAUUGAGCAAUGCGGCAGAAUGGAUCCAAUUUUACCUGAAUUUAAUAAGUCUAUCAAGAUGAUUUUUGAAAGCCCUGAUUUCAAAGAGAAAGCAAUAUCUAGACUUGCAGGAGCCAUCCAAAUUCCAACAGAGGUUUUUGACGACAAUCCAAGCCCUUCUGAAGAUAUUGAGUACUAUCACGAGUUCUUCAAACUUCAUGAUUAUCUUGUGAACUCUUUUCCCUUGGUCUCGAAGCACUUGAAGCUUGAAAAAGUUAAUGAGGUUAACCUACUCUUCACAUGGGAAGGGAAAGACAAAAAAUUGAAGCCUAUGAUGUUAACAUCUCAUCAAGACGUGGUUCCAGUUGAUCCCGAAACUGUUUCUCAAUGGACUUAUCCUCCAUUUUCGGGACAUUAUGAUGCUUCAAGUGAUUUAAUAUAUGGUAGAGGUGCUCUUGACUGUAAAACAUUGUUGGUCGCCCAACUGGCGGCUAUAGAACAAUUGAUUGAAGAUGGAUUUGAGCCCACCCGAACUGUAAUUGUUGCGUUGGGAUUUGACGAGGAAACAGCAGGUCUUCACGGAGCCCGUACGAUGGGAAAAUUUUUGCACGAAAGAUAUGGUGAUAAUGGAAUUUAUUCGAUUGUUGAUGAAGGAUCCAUGGUUGCUGAGAUUUCUAAAAACGUUUUCAUUGCAGCGCCCGUGGUACAAGAGAAAGGAUAUCUUGAUGUGAAUAUUACGGUACUCGGAAACGGUGGUCACUCUUCAAUUCCCCCAGAACAUACUACAAUCGGCGUCGCAGCAGAGAUAAUCUCAUCUUUGGAGAAUAAGCCUUUCAAAUUUGAAUUCUCUCUAGAAAAUCCAUUUUAUGGUUUUCUGGUCUGCAUGGCUGAGCACAGUAAUAGUUUACCGACCGAAUUCAAAAAAGCUAUUAUUGAAGCACGCUUCGACGAAAAAGAAAGAAAGAAGCUUGUCGAGUUCAUAUCACAAAGACCGGAGAUGAGAGAACUGAUAAGGACCUCCCAAGCUGUAGACGUUUUCCAUGGAGGAAUGAAGGCAAAUGCACUUCCUCAGGUAUCUACAUUUUUGGUCAAUCAUAGAAUAGACAUCCAAUCUUCCGUCCAAGAAGUCUUAGAGAGUGAUUUGAGUGUCGCAAGAGAAGUUGCUGAAAAGUACGGCUAUGGUCUAUAUUUAGCCGAUGAAGAGGUAAUCCCAUGUACAGAUGUUGGAUCUAUAACUGUCACGGGAUACAAGCCCUUAGAACCAUCGCCUUAUUCUCCUACCGGAGGUUCUCAAGUGUGGGACAUCUUUUCGGGUACUAUUCAAAAUGUGUUUCAAAAUGGUCUUCUGAGAAAUAAUUCUGAAGCCGAGGUUUAUGUGACAACAAACACAAUAUCUGCCAACAGUGACACUAAACAUUACUGGGCUUUGACAAAAAAUAUCUACCGAUUCUUCGGAAAUGUUCUCCCUCAAGGUUUAUGGAAGACAGUUCACUCGGUUGAUGAAACAAUCCCAGCAUCAGCACACCUUACCUCAAUUGCAUUUGUUUACGAAUAUAUUGUUAAUGUUCAGGAAGGUGCUAAUGAAGAUAGUCUACCGUAG